AUGCCGAGAAUUAUGAUCAAAGGAGGAGUGUGGAGGAACACUGAGGAUGAGAUCUUGAAGGCAGCUGUCAUGAAAUAUGGCAAAAAUCAGUGGUCUCGAAUUGCCUCAUUGUUGCACAGGAAAUCCGCCAAGCAGUGCAAGGCCAGAUGGUUUGAAUGGUUGGAUCCCAGUAUAAAAAAGACAGAAUGGAGCAGAGAAGAAGAGGAGAAGUUAUUGCACCUGGCUAAGAUGAUGCCUACACAGUGGAGAACCAUUGCUCCUAUCGUUGGCAGGACGGCAGCUCAGUGUUUGGAACAUUAUGAAUUUUUACUGGACAAAGCGCAGCAGAGAGACCAAGAAAUGGGUGAUGACGAUCCUAGGAAGUUGAAACCUGGGGAGAUUGAUCCAAAUCCUGAAACAAAACCUGCUCGCCCGGAUCCCAUAGACAUGGAUGAAGACGAACUGGAAAUGUUGUCUGAGGCCAGGGCUCGUUUGGCCAACACACAGGGCAAGAAAGCUAAAAGAAAAGCCAGAGAAGAGCAGUUGAAUGAAGCAAGACGACUUGCAUCGCUUCAGAAAAGAAGGGAACUAAGAGCAGCUGGAAUUUUUAUAAGAGAAAAGAAGAGGAAGAAAAGAGGAAUUGACUAUUUGAAUGAGGUUCCAUUUGAGAAGAAACCUGCCCCUGGAUUUUACGACACGUCUAAUGAGAAGUUUGAUCCCCUGGACCCUGAUUUCAAACGUCUCCGUCAACAACAGUUGGACGGUGACAUGAGAAGGGAUAAGGAAGAAGCUGAACUGAAGAAAGACAAGGAACGCUUGAAACAGAGGAAGGAGAAUAAUUUACCGGAUGCAUUGCUGGCUCAGAAUAAAUUUUCCGAACCAGUAAGAAAAAGAAGCAAGCUGGUCCUGCCUGAACCACAGAUUUCAGAUCGCGAACUGGAAGAAGUCAUUAAAGUCGGACAGGCCAGUGAGUUUGUGAGACAGCAAGCUGAAGAGAGUGGGGAACUCCGAGAACUGAAAAACAAACUGAAUGUGACUGACAGAUCUGUGAGGUCAUCUGUGCGCUCCUCCACUGUGCGAUCUUCAGUGAGAUCUUCAGUCAGGCAGGAAGAUGGUGAUAAUGUCCUCAUGACACCUGUGACCCAUGAUGAAGACAAUCUCACUGAUAUACAAACGAAAUAUUCUUUGAAAAAAGCCCUAGCAAACUUACCAGCCCCAAAGGAUGACUAUGAAAUUGUUUUGCCUGAGGAGCAGAACGGAGUGGAGGAUGGCUUGGAGAAUGGAGACGAUGGAUCACACUUACUGCCAGACCAAUCGGACGUCGACCAAAUGAAGGAGGAAAAAAUUCAAGCUGAAAGACUGAAGGAAUUGAAAAGUCGAUCACAAGUGAUGCAGAGGUCACUGCCUAGGCCUUCUGAAGUCAACAAUACUGUCCUGAGGUCGUUGAACCCUGAUGACCUGCCUCUUUCUGAACUGCAAAAGGCAGAGGAACUGAUCAAAGAGGAGAUGCUGACCAUACUGCAUUAUGAUAACCUCAUGGAUCCGCCGCAAUCUUCCUUGACAGCCAAGCAGCAACAGCAGCAAGAAAUCAAUCAUGUCGAAUUUCUCAGGUCACAUCCGUAUGAAAAAUUCUCCUUAAACGAGAUUGAUAAGGCGGCCAGAAUGUUGAAAGAGGAGAUGUCGAUUGUGAAGGAGAGAAUGGGACAUUCGAAUCUAUCUUUGGAUGCUUACACCGAAGUGUGGGAGAAUUGCUAUGAACAGGUCUUGUACCUGCCUGCUGUCAAGAGGUUCACGAGAGCCAACCUGGCCAGCAAGAAAGAAAAGAUUGAGUCUCUGGAGAAGAGACUUGAGACUAAUAAGAAGCAUUUGGAAGCUGAUUCGAAGGUGGCCGUGAAAUACGAGAAAAAAUUGAAAGUCAUACUUGGUGGCUACCAGAGUAAAGAAAUUGAGUUAACAAAGAGGCUUGAGGAGCUGCAGGAGCAUUUUGAACAAACACACAUUGAAUACGAAACAUUUAAAAAGCUUCAACAACACGAAUCAAUUGCUGUCCAGAAAAGACUUAGCUCUUUGAAAGAUGAUGUAGACAGACAAAAAGACAGAGAGAAAGAACUGCAGUCCAGAUAUUCUGAAUUGAAAAAGAAAAUUGAACUUAAAAAAGUUGGCUUAUAA